AUGGAGCGGGCUUCCAUCAAACAGAACCAGCUCUGUGGACCGUGGGAGAUGAAGGAAAGGCUCGGGAUGGGAGGCUUUGGGCAUGUCUACCUGUACCAGAAUCACAAGUCCGGGGAAAAGUUAGCUGUGAAAAUCUGCCGCCUCGAACUGAGCUCCAAGAACAAGGAACGCUGGGGCAGAGAGAUACAGAUUAUGAAGAAGUUAAACCAUGUGAAUGUGGUUCAAGCCAGUGAAGUUCCAGAAGAAUUGAGUUUGAUCGCUCUUAAUGACCUACCUCUGCUGGCCAUGGAGUACUGCUCCGGAGGGGACCUACGCAAGGUUCUCAGUAAACCAGAAAAUUGUUGUGGGCUGAAGGAGAGUGAAGUUCUUGCCCUGCUUCAUGACAUCGGAUGUGGUAUCCAGUAUCUUCAUGAAAAUAAGAUAAUACACAGAGACUUAAAGCCAGAAAACAUAGUUCUUCAAGAGAUCAAUGGCAAACUUGUACAUAAAAUUAUAGAUCUCGGUUAUGCAAAAGAUCUUGACCAAGGCAGUGUUUGUACAUCGUUUGUUGGAACCCUUCAGUAUCUUGCUCCAGAACUGUUUGAGAGUAAACCUUACACAGUCACUGUGGACUAUUGGAGUUUUGGAACAGUGAUAUUUGAAUGCACAUGUGGCUUUCGUCCAUUUCUACACCACAUGCAGCCUGUACAGUGGACAAGCCAAGUCAAGAAUAAAGGUGCCAAGGACAUCAUGGCAGUCGAGGACAUGAAUGGAGAAGUUAGAUUCUCAACACAUCUUCCAUACCCCAACAAUCUGAGCAGACCAUUGCUGGAGCCAAUAGAGAAUUUGCUGCAGAUGUUGUUACUGUGGGACCCAGUAGCCCGCGGUGGAGGUUUGGAUCCUGGUACGUCUAAGGCAAAGUGCUACAUCGCGCUCCAGAAUAUUCUCAACAUGAAGGUGAUUCAUGUGUUGGACAUGACGUCAGCCCAGCUGCACUCUUUGAUCCUGGAAGCCGACGAGAGCUUGCACUCCUUGCAGAUUCGUCUAGAGAAGCACACACAGACACACAUCUCCCCACCUAAUCAAGAACUUCUGUUAGAAAAUGGAAUCUCCCUGGACCCACGCAGACCUCCUGCACACUGUCUGCCAGAUGGUUUGAGAGGCUGGGAUACUUCCAUCGUCUUCCUGUUUGAUAAAAGUCAAUCCAAGUACUCAGGACCCCUCACUGCCAGACCCCUCCCUGACAGUGUUAACUUUAUUGUCAGGGAGACGAAGACACAGCUCCCACUGGCUGCAUUGCGGAAGGUAUGGGGAGAAGCAGUCAGCUAUAUUUGUGGACUAAAAGAGGACUACACCCGCCUUUACCAGGGUCAAAGGGCUGCUAUGCUGAGUCUGCUACGUUACAACACCAACUUAACACGCUACAAGAACCUGCUCUUCUCCCAGUCACAGCAGCUGCAAGCAAAGCUUGCUUUCUUCAAAACCAGUAUCCAACAUGAUUUGGAGCAUUACACCAAACAGAGACAUACGGGUAUCUCCUCAGAAAAGAUGCUCAGGACAUGGCAUGAAAAUGAAGCAAAGGCCGACGGUUUUACAAAGGUUGCUGAUGUGGAAUAUCUGGAUGAAGCAAUAGUUGAGCUUCAUUCUGAAAUUGUGGAAUUACAACGGAGUCCAUUCUUGAGGAGACAAGGAGACUUGAUGGAACAACUUGAGGGAAAAGCCAUUGAACUCUACAAGCAACUCAAAGCUAAGUGCAAAAGCCCUGACCCACCACAUGGUUACAGUGACAGUUCGAGCAUGGUGAAGGCUAUACUACAAAUGGUUCAGAACCAAGACAGAGUGUUGAAAGACUUGUACACUCACCUUAGUAAAAUUCUGGUGUGUAAACAACGCAUCGUUGAUUUGUUCCCAAAGCUGGAAAAGGCAGUGGAAAGCAUAAAGAUGGCAGAGGCGGCAAUAAUGCAGAUGCAAACAAAGCGACAGAAAGAGUUCUGGUACCUUCUGAAGAUUGCCUGUGCCCAGAACAAUUCACAGAUUAGUGUUCAGCCAUCCAGCGAUAGUGAAACUGUUCCUCAGUUAUUGGAUGACAACCAGCGUUAUCUAAGUAAACUUACAUCUUUGCUGCAGGAUGUCAGCCAUGAGAGGGAGCAAAGUUUCAUGGAUCAAGACUGGAGUUGGAUCCCUUAUGGCGCAGAGAAACACAGCCAAGAAGCCUCAAACGGUCAACCAGAAACUCAUUGA